AUGCUGCAGGGCUACCUGGGCGAGUACACGGCGCCGCUGAUCCACGGGCUGAUCCACGUCGCCGUGCGCCUCUGCAGGGACGCCUGGCUGCAGCGGCGCGCCCAGGCUGCCCCCGAGGAGCGGGGCGAGCGGGGUGACACCUCGGUGCUGGCGGGGCUGUACGGCCCGGCGGAGGCCAAGGUCAGCAAGGAGCUGCCGGACCGGGCGGCGCUGGAGGUGCUGCUGCGCCCCAAGGUGGGGCUGCCAGGCGUGCUGGAGCGCAGCAGGGAGCAGCUGCUGCGGCAGACGUGCGAGGCCGUGGUGCUGGGGGUGCUGCACCCGCGCACCGCCAUCUCCCUGGUGCUGCAGGUGCUCAGCGACGCUGGCUCUCUGCUGUCCUGCUGCCUGAACGCCGCCUGCAUGGCGCUGCUGGAUGCGGGGCUGCCCCUCGCCGCCCUCUUCUGCGGGGUCACCUGCGCCCUGCAGCCCGACGGCACCAUCCUGCUGGACCCCACAGCCCGCCAGGAGCAGGAGGCCCGCGCCAUCCUCACCUUCGCCAUCGCCAGCAGCGACAGGAAGGUGCUGAUGGCCACCACCAAGGGCAGCUGCUCGGUGGAGGAGAUGCAGCAGUGCCUGGCCGCAGCCCAGCGCGCUGCCGACACCAUCUUCCAGUUCUACCGCGACUCCGUGCGCCGCCGCUACUCCAAGUGCUGAGCUGGGCUCCCCCCGCGGGCAGCUGGACUGCCCUGCACCCCCUGCGCUCAGUAAAGGGCUGUUCUCCCCUCC